AUGCCGACCAUUCACCGUGUCCAGUUACGUCUGUGCUGUGCCUCUUUCGUUCUUUGGCUUCUUGCACAAGGCAGUAAAGGUACAUACACAUGAAAUUUUUCAUCAAUUUUCUUACUCAUUAUAAUUGCUGUUUCUUAAUUUCUAAACGUGAUUUCUUAGCAUUUCACAAUAGCAAGAGAAGGGAGAGUUUUAGGGCGUGACACGUUCGCAACGAAGAACAUUUAGAUAAUUAUAAAUAACUAGUUAAAAAAAAUCGUAUUCCUUUUUGUUCUUGACAUUGCAAAUAUUUUAGUUUUUAUUUCUUUUAAAUGGCAGGCAGCUUUAAAGCUGGUAAAGCCAACGUGGCUACAGUUUCUCCUGGGCUAUUCGCUUGCCAACAGGUCUCGUUUGCGACACCUUUCCACGGCGGACAAGAAGUUACCGUUCUUGCUUCACUGGGUCGUUCUAUCAAAAGCCCAACUCGUGGUAACGGGGGGGCCAUCUGGGUGGAGUCAGUAGAUCAAAGUGGUUUCAAGACUUGUAUUCUAGAAUACAGUGAUGGGUCCAAUAACACAGCAGAGGUAAACUGGAUAGCAACACAAUCUGCUCCAUCUGGAGGUAAAAGGGGAUCUAUAUCUUUUGGCGAUUGGGCAACAGGAACACAGUGCAAAAUAAUUAAUUUUCAGCAGGUAAGUGUUUUAAUUUGUAUUUUUUCUAGUUAAAGGUAUAUUAACAGUGAUCUCAACUAAUCAAGAAUGCAAUAUUUCCAUUUUAUAAGGGGACGUGGCAUUAAUGUAUCAACGGUAUAGAUACCUUAAGACGGUUGUAAACAUUUUAUUGAUUCAUUGGUUCAUUCUAAAUUUUUCUUUCUUUUAAUUUUUUUUUCAUCAUAUGAGUUUCUGCUUUCAUGGCAAGCCUUACUUUUCUCUUGAGAUGAAAGAAGAAGUACAAAUUGACAAUAACUUAUUAAAUAUGUAAUCUAAAACCUUAAAAGUUUUAUGAAAUGUAUGUCGUUCACUUUUGGGUUGUUUUCAGCCUUUCCAGUCACCCCCAGUCAUACUUGUAACCCCUAGUCACCAGACUCCAGAGAGACCUCAGGAUGCAAUGGCUGUGUGGAUUGAGGACUCGCGCAAGGACAGUUUCAAGAUUUGUCUCAAGGAAUCUAAAAUUUUCGAUGUAGUUCACAAAGAUAUUGAAGUUGUAAGUAAAGUAGUAGUUACAAGUCUCAAAUUAAAAGGGUUAAAAUAAUGCAUCCCUCCUGAAAAUGAUAAUUUUAAUAUAUUUAUUUCUAUAUACGCUUAACUGCAAUUAACCUUGUCAUACAAAAAGAAAAGACAGAAAGCAGGAAUAAAGCCAAGAAGGAAUUAUUUAGCCAUCUCUAUGCAAAUUAAGAUUUGAUAUUUUGGUAAGAUAAUGAACUAAACACUUUUGCAGUACAAUAUAAUUAUAUUUCAACUUGACAUCAAUUUUAAGGUCAAGUUGGCCACACUGAAGACAUUUUAAGUUUUAUCCUCUCGCCAGUCCAGAUCUUUCAAAAUUAAUUAAUAUUUUAUUUCUCAGCACUAUCAACCCACUUAUUUCUGGAAAGAGGUUGAGACGGAGGGGAUAACGGACAUUUAUAUUCCACUUUAUUGUUUGCCAGGUCCCCUGAAAGGCACUACUCCUGAUGCUUGUAUUGUUGGCGCGUUGCAAAUUCAUUUUCUUAUCAGCUACCAAUUCAGCUCACUAUCCCCCAAAACAGCAGGGUAUUUUGACGUUGCGUAUCUUAUAAGCUCUCAGCGCCACCAUAGACUUUAAAAUACGUUUUCUGAUAACGAUAGGAAGGAUAUAUUGGACAAGAGUACGAUUUUCCAUAUAAGGGUAUAAGACUUGUCUAAAGAGAAAUGCUCUAUAUUGGCUUCAUAUGACCUUACUCUGUCAGCAAAAUGGACUCAAAUGGAAUAUUAUCUUCCCACUGCAAGUUAUAAUGAGAAGUAAAGAUUUUAUAGUUUGCGUUACCAUGAGACCUACAAACCAGAUAGAUGACCUUUGAAAGUCAAUUAAUUCCAUAAAAGACAUAUUUCCUGUCUCAUGUCUUCACCUACAUACCCUUUGGUGUUUCUUAGACGAUGCAAAAAAAAAAAAAAAAAUUAUAUAUUAAAUUGUUAUUUUCCUAGACUUUCACUCAGCUAAACAGGGACUACUAUAGGUGGAUUCUUGGUUGCGUUGCUUGGCUAAAUUCAAAUGUGAAACCAAGUUGUUUUCCCAAUUCAGAUCACGUACGUGAUGUUCUCAAGGGAACUUCCCUUUUGUCUAUUCAUAAAUUUGCAUACACAUGUACGUCAUCAAAUCAUGAUGGAAAGUGGUGUGAGACACAGCAGAAGGUGGAAAAAACACUGCGAGUUUUUUACUUUAAAGAGCCUGUUUAGAUGGAGGUAGGGCAACCUCUUCCCCAGGGCUUUUCCCUCAAAUUUUUGAGGGAAAAGCCCUGGGGACGAGGUUGGAGGUAGGGGGCCCCAGGUAGGUGCGGUAACCCGCUCAAUGAAUGAUUUUCCAGCAAUCGGAGACCAAUGUUUUGCGCACAGGAUUCUGGGAUCGCCAGGGGGCAAACAUUGCGAGUUGCUACAAAGAAAUGUAUGGCGUUUCUCCGUUAAAAGCGGUGUCUUUGGACAGAGAAUGCCGCAUUUUGCCGUGAUGUUAUGAGAAACGGAGGUGACUAAUGUUGGGGCGUUGAAAUUUCAAGUUUCUGUGUGAUUAAUGCGAUAAAUUCUAUCGAUAAACACUCCUUGCUGCAUGAGGUUGAGGGUGAAAUUUAUGUUUACAGAAUUUACACAGUGAUCUACAUGAAGAAAAGGUCUCGAAAUAUAUAGUACAAAUUUAGGUAUACAUGUAGGGGGAUUGGCUCAUUUAAGCGUUUACGUUAUAAUUACGUGUGGGUAUAUGUACGACGAGUGUAACUACGCUCGGCCGCGAUGAGCGCUGUGCGGCGCUGUGCAGGUUAUGACAAGACAACAAUCAUAGGUAUGUACGUGGCCAUAAAAAUAAAAAAUCCUCCUUUACUUUGGUAUAAACAAAUUGACAUUUACGAAAUAUUCAUGGAAAGUACAUAGUAUUUAACCAUUAGUAGAUGAGGCAGAAAUCAUACGAACUAGUAAGAUUUCCGAUACAAAAGCAGUCAGAGUGUGUAAAUAUAAAAUACGAAGUUAAUGUGCGAAAUUGAGAGAUCCUAUAUCUUCCCUAAAAAUGUUUGGAAAAGGCAUUCAGUUAGAAGUCAUUGGUGCUCUGGAUCAUGACAAAAAACAUUUUGCUUGUGUUUUUUUUUGCCGAGAAGAAAUCAAUCUACUAAUGUGGGGAAAUUGUUUUUGUUUUUUAAAGUUAAUACAUAUCAAAUUCGACAAUACAUAAGCUUACCUUCCAUCGUUGUCACGAACCGGCACUGCAUUGUGAUCGCCGCCGAGCGGAGCGUAAUUACACUCGUUGUUGAUAUGAGCACAUGUAAGUACAACUGGAAUGGCUUAAAUGAGUCCGCAUUCCCCGCUCAUUUACACCUAAGUAUAUAUAUAUUUCGAGACCAUUCAGUAAAUUUCACAGUCGACCUUACGCAAGGAGUGUUUAUCGAUAGAUUUCAUAGCAUUGAUCCCACUAAAACUGACAAUUUCAAAGCACCAACAUUAGCCACCUCCGCUUCUCAUAAAAUCACUGCAAAAUGCGGCAUUCUCUGUCCAAAGACUCUGCUUUUAACAGAGAAACAGCUCCAAGCCAUACAUUUCUUUGUAGCGACUUGCAAUGUUUGCCCCCUGGCGAUCCCAUAAUUCUGUGCGCAUAACUAAGUCUCACAUUACCGGAAAAUCAUUCAUUGGAUAAAAAAAUUAUACGCGUUUACAUGCAAUCUUGCAACCUUAUCAUCCCGGGGUACACAUUCUCAAGAUUAUUUAAUGGUCGCUAAGAAAGUAGAUCAAAUUACAAUAAAGUUGUCAUACAAAAAUGAAAACAGGACAAUUGAACAAAGCUAAAUAGGAAUAAAUUUAGCACGCUCAUAACUCACUACUAUCAGGGAUCUAUUCUCAUUGCAUAAUAAAUUAGCUCGAAACGAAAUUUGGUGUAAUCCGUUCGUAUUCUCCCGCGUUGGUACACGCAUGUAGUGACCGUGAUGCUUUCCGCUCCGCUGGAAUAAAUUCGGCGGUUUCAUUCACAUCGUGGCCAUUUUAAGGGUCAGUUCUCCGGGAACUCUUUCGCCUUUCGAGACGCUCGUUAUUCAACCGCCACCAGCUUUCCAUGGCUGACCGAGUUAUUCCUCCCCCGGCCGCUCUCGCGUCAGUUCCAGCUGCUUUACCACCAGCCCCUGAAAACGCAGUAUCCCGCCUACUCCACCAGAAGCGAAUGUGGAACCAGAGCAAGUUCCGCCUCCUGACGCUCUAGGAAAGGUAAUUCUAUAAUUGUCUUCCCUUUUCCGGUUUUCAAUAUGGCGCUUUCUAUGUUCCGUAAGGUUCUCUAGACCUGUGUUUCGGUUUUGCGUUGUUUCUUUUGUUUUAAGGUUAGCUUAUUUUCAAUUCUCUGCAUUUUUUUUUCGUUUCGUUUCUAUAAUUUGUAGUAGUGUCGUUGGCAUACUCACACCUCUUCGCUUUGCAUUUUUUCACGGUGCUUAGUUUCUUUUACUUCUAGGCUUAUCGCUUUUUCAGGCUUUUUUGCCCAUUGUUUUUUUACGCUUGCUUUUUGUUUGCCGCCCAUUAUGCUUUUAUUAUCGUACUUUUCUAUCACGUAACUGUUAGGGCCCGUUUACAUGGAGGUGGGGGACCCCAGGUAAGUGAGGCAACAUGUGGCCGGUUACCCCACCUAUCAUGUAAACAUGAUCAAAUUAAAAUGAGAGAUUAUAUGGACAGGCGGGUUACCACACCUAAGCGGGUUACCUCACCUACCCGGGGUCCCCCACCUCCAUGUAAACAGGCCCUAAGUUCUGUGGUGGGCUGUUUAGGCAGAGUUUCUUGUUUAUUGAGGCGGCGCCUUUUUUUGUUCUUUGGGCUCUUUAGUUUAGUGUUUUCUUUAAGCGUUUAUUUUUACCUUUGUCUAUUAUCAGUGAAGGCGAUUUAUUGUUGCGUGGAAUAAGUUUAGGGUGCCACCGGUGAAAGAGUUUUAUUCAGUAAAGCGGGUCGGGUCCAGAUUGGUUUUCCACAUUUUCAGUGUGUAUUUGGUAACGACUUUUGUUGCCGGUUACGAUUGUAAAAUAUGCUAAAGAAUUGCGACAAAUUACGUUCAUUUGUUUGUGUGAAUCCGCCUUUAUUCUCGGAAAUACGGACUCAUUUUGAGUGAACCGCUGAUGAGGGUAGUUUGUUUCUGCGUAUAGCAGUUCUUGGAUACCACCAGUGAGGAAAAUGAAGUAGUUUGCGUUUUUUCCCUGUUUGCGUAACUAGCCACCUUUUCUACAACGGCGAAUAUUUCCAAUCUUAUGUCGUAGUUGAAUGUUUUUCUCCGCUGGUGAAGGCAACUUACUGUUUCGUAGAACGAUUAUGGCAUGCCACCAGCGUCUGUAGUUUGAUAUUGAAAGGAGAGGAUCUGUUCCGAGUAGUGUUUUUGUUUAAUUGUUAGUUGCCGCGCCACUUGUCAAUACCACUUGCUGCUGCUUGUGAUAAUUGUGCAAUCUCUCUAAAGGAGUGAUAUAAUAAAACAUAUCUUUUAUUUUCUUUCGCGUAGCUCAGGGAUUGAUUUCGUCGCGCGAGGUGGAUCCGUCUCGUGUUUUUUGUUUUUGUUUUUUUAUUUUUAGUCAGUACCGCUGGUGAAGGCAACUUGCCAUUGCGGAAAUUAUUGCAGAUACUGUCAGUGGAUCGGAUAUAAUUCAUGGAACAUGCUUUUUCAUCGUUCGCGUGGUCCGGAGUUAAAUUUCCCUUUUGAAACGUUUGCGAGCAUAGUUUUGUCCCUUUGUUUACCUAACUCGGGCGAUCCGGUUUCAGGUUUUCAGUUAGCGUCCUAAGUAAUACAUAACUGCUGCGUGGGAUAUAUUUUACACCCCCCGGUCACUGGGGUGCAUGGUUUACAGGGUGUUACACAGGUUUACUCGUGUAUUCGCAAAGAGCUUGGGAUGUACCUUUUAUGUGUAUUCUCAGUUUAUGUUGUCAUGCCGUGUUAUUUGGGACUGGAGAGAUUUAAAUCAUCAGAAUGCUUGGAGUCAGCCCUUGCAGCUUUAUGUAGGCAGAUAAGUCGCCCGGCAGCAAUGUUUGAUAAGUUUGAGGUUAUCGACCUGUUAAACUCCCUCGCGCGGCCUGCUAGAAGUGAAAGGCACCAAAAAGUUGAAGAGUAAGCGGCUGGGCAAGACGAGAUUAAAGCAAGAAUGGAUUCUCUGGAUGCCCCACAGCUACAGCGCCUUCUUCUCGGGUUGUUAGGCGAUAGUUUUUGCGCUAAGAUCGCCAAGGAGACUGCCACCGUUUUGGAGGGCGUAACUGAAGAUUCUUCUCCGCCCCCCUGGCUAUGGUCGUGCUGAGCGCGGAUAGGCUCCUUACUCCGGCCGUCGUAGGGGGCCGUAGUGCUUCAAAUGUUAUGAAUGGGGUCAUAGAGCCCGUAUUUGCCGCUGCCCUCCAGUCAGCUGUCAGUUUGGUCGGGGUCGUGCCAGAAAUUCUUAGCUGCCGAUCUUUUCUUUAGGCACUUUGUUUUUCUUGUCGGUUCGUAUAAUAAACCGUUAUUGUCACAUUUUGUAGUUUUUUUUUCUUUUGUAGUUUUUGUAGUUCCUCUUAACUACUUCCUCCUUUUCGUUGAUAUUGUGGGGGAUCCCAGUUCGUUUUUCUCCGGGGUUGUUAACGUGGCUUUGCCCUCAUUUUUCAUAUAUGUUCCUUUUUGUGAUAUGAACCAGGGAACCUGCCCCUUUGUUGGCCCCCACCCUUUUCCUGGUAUGGUUGUUCCUAGCAGAUUGCUGGCUGAAGCGGCUUCGUAUAUCAUGUGCUACCUACUCAUAGAGGCCAGUUAUUUUAUUGGCAUCGGGAAAUCGCAGGUUUGAUGUUCGGAUGUCAUCGGUUUGAUGUUCCUAACUGACAAUCAGGUCCUUAAGUCUACGUUAGACGACGACGGUUGUAAAAACUAGGCAAUCAAUGACGUCAUUAAAGAGAUUUUGUGCCACAGUUGUGACUGCGACUUCAGCAUCCAUACCAUCUAUCUGCCGUCUGAACGAAACCUUGCUGACGAACCUCCACGGGUGUUAUCCGUGGCGGAUAACACCCUCCGAGAUCUCCAUAAUUCUUCAUAUGAUACGAAAGCCGAAUUCAAUAAUUGUUUUAUUAUUAGUUCACAAUAAUUCCUAGUUUAAAAACGUGGUUAAAACAUGCUUACCUCCAUCGAUCCAUCGAUGUUAAGUUCAUCUCGAUAGUGCGAUAGCGCACGUUUAGGGUUCUUCAACUCCGCAAAUAUUCUCCAAAUAGCAGAUGUCGCCCUUCGAGUUGUCUUCUUGCUGUUCUUUCCGUGUUUUUAGCCAAUUUUUCGCCUAAUUCUUACUCUUGAAACUAGUGAAAUGUCCGCCAUUUUUCAAGUUCACAACCAAAACAACUCAACCUCGUCCCCAGGUCAUCUCUGUAACGGUACAUUAACCUGCAGGAACGCUGCAUUUUUGACGUCAUUUCCUUGCUAAACACCAAAUUCUUCCAAAUUUGGUCAUCAGUAACUGGUUAUGGUGAAUUAAACGUGUGCUUUUAGCCAAUCAAAAUCGGGGAAAUACUAGUUAUCUUUAGUUACCUAGCUGGGAAACCCACCUCAAUAUAAUCAGGCCAUUAGUGCGAAUUUGCGCGAGAGAAACAGUCUGUGACACUAUUAAGUGUAUAAUAGCCGAGUCCCACACGUACGUCAGUAAAAACCCGAUAAAUUUCGGUAGUCACGUCACCGCACGACCGCCCGCCCGUUCGUCCUCACCAAAGGGAAACCAACGUGAAAUGUCACAUUUUCUAGCUAGUGUGGGAGCAUGCAACUUGAUAUUGCACAUCCAUGUUGUGGUCAACUGACAGCUGUCAAAACAGGGUAUCUGCUGACAAGUACAGUAUGACCUUAUCGCAGGUUCACUUUACGUGCUUUUUUUAAGUUUCCCUCUGACUCGUUACCGGUUUUCAAGUAAUCACAGUCUCAACUCCAAGUGCACCUCUUUACAAUGGUUACAAGUUGAUUGUUUGAAGUAAAUUACAAGCUUGUUUACGGGAACUUCGUCUUUGUUUUUGGCUAAACCUAUAUGUAAUUGAACAUCUGUUUGUAAUUGUACUAAUUUGCUUAGUAUACGUCUCAGACUGAACUAAGUACUUAGGGUGAGUAUUUUCCUGUUCUUGCAGAACUGGAUGGCUUACACCGAGGCGAAUUUUGACAACUUCACUUUGACAGAGAGCCUUGUAUUUACAAACAACACUCAACAAGACAAUUAUGCUUUUUGUCAGGUAAGCGGAUUUUUAGCCACACAAAAAUUCAUACCCAAGAAAAAUCAGUAAAAAAAAAUAGGAGUCUCUAAGUUCAGGUUCACACCAAACCAGUUUUUAAAAUUUUUAUCGACGAAAUUGAGGCCGUCAAAGUGAGGUAAGUAUACCUCUAGUACUCGGUUGGCGAUAUACGCAGCUAUAGACCUGGUAAGAUGAAACGAUAAGGCAAAAAAGAACAAAGUUUAAUUUUUUUAGUUGAGUUUUUUGGAAAGCCAAAAUUACGCAUUUGCAUUAUUCCCCUAUAUCCUCUUUAGUAUGGGAUGAUUAUGGAGACGGUCUUAAACAAUGAUUUAAACAGUUCAUCCAUAAAAAAGUGACUCUUACAGACCAUGUCUUUCUUAUUUCAGAAAGUAAACUUCACAAGUCCAUUCUUUGCUCCUCCAGUGGUGGUUUUGACACCAAAACGCAUUUACAGAAAUGUUACCUCACCGGGAUCUGAAUGUGAUGCAAUGACAGCCUGGGUCGAGGUAAACAUUACUUUGUUUUUAUUCUUUUAA